AUGUCUCCUGAUACAUGUUUAUCCAUGAAAAUGCUAUCCGGAUAUUCUAUCCCAACGAUUGGUCUCGGCACCUACAAGGUGGAUCCGCGUGAUGUAGAAAGAGUGCUCAGCACCGCCUUGGAUAUUGGAUAUCGCCACAUUGAUUGCGCUGAGUUGUACGAGAAUCAGACGGAAAUCGGGGCAACUCUAGCGAAGCAGUUCAGCAGUGGCAAGUUACGAAGAGACGAAGUUUUCAUCACCAGUAAAGUUUGGAACAACGCCCACAGCUACUCAAAGGCAAGUGAAGCAAUUGAUGUAAUCCUGCGGGAGCUUCAGCUGCCCUACUUGGACUUGUGCCUUAUUCACUGGCCCCAAGGCUAUGCAGAACACAACGGAUUUUUCCCAAUGGUAUAA